CCACUACGAGGCCCAGCGCGAACUUCAUUCGACUCCCUCGGCGCCGCUCGGCGCUUCGCAGAGGAAACAACCUCCGCACGCUCGGCGCCGAGAGAGAAAGCGGGAUCAGCAGCGCCAUGUCUCAGUUUUGGAGACCGGGAUCGGAGCGGCCGCGCACGCGCCUCAUCGACGACGACGAGGGCGGCGUCCUCUUCGUCCCCGCCCCUCCCUCCUCCUCCUCCUCCUCCGGGUUUGGGCACUCGAGCUUGGAGAGGCAGAGGAAGCGGCUCCCCGUGUACAAGCACCGCGACGCCGUAUUGUACCUGGUGGAGCAUCAUUCCACCACCAUAGUAGUUGGAGAGACGGGGAGUGGCAAGACCACUCAGAUUCCGCAGUAUCUUAAGGAGGCAGGUUGGGCCGAGGGUGGUCGAGUUAUAGCUUGUACUCAACCGAGGCGAUUGGCUGUUCAGUCUGUUGCGGCACGUGUAGCUGAAGAGAUGGGUGUCAAGCUUGGAGAAGAAGUUGGUUAUACCAUUCGUUUUGAAGAUGUGACAAAUCCGGGUGUAACCAUGAUCAAAUUUCUCACUGACGGGGUAUUGGUUAGAGAAAUGAUGGAUGAUCCUCUUCUGACCAAAUAUAGCAUUAUAAUGGUGGAUGAGGCACAUGAAAGAUCCCUCUCAACAGACAUGUUACUAGGACUCCUGAAAAAGAUCCAACGGCGGAGACCUGAUUUGCGUAUCAUCAUUUCAUCUGCAACCAUUGAAGCAAAAUCCAUGUCAAACUUCUUCAAUAUUAGAAGGAAAAGUCUUGCUCAGGAUGCCGAAGAUUGUGCUCCUAAUAAGCAGCCAGCUAUACUUUCUGUUGAAGGUAAAGGGUAUGCUGUGGAAAUUCAUUAUGUUGAGGAGCCUGUCUCUGAUUACCUGCAAGCUGCUGUAGAUACUGUGCUUUUGAUUCAUGAAAAGGAACCACCAGGCGAUAUUCUGGUCUUCCUUACAGGUCAAGAUGAUAUUGAUGCCGCUGUGAAAUUGCUUACAGGACAUGGUCAGCAGUACGGCAGUCACUAUUCGGACUUACUGGUUUUGCCACUGUACUCUGGGCUUCCACGCGGAGAACAGGACCUCAUUUUUACUCCCACCCCAAAGGGAAAGAGGAAAGUUGUGAUAUCAACAAAUAUUGCUGAGACAUCAUUGACUUUGGAGGGAGUAGCGUACGUUGUUGAUAGUGGGUUCUCAAAGCAGCGCUUUUAUAAUCCGAUUUCUGAUAUCGAAAAUCUGGUGGUGGUACCAAUAUCAAAGGCUUCUGCACGGCAAAGGGCUGGGAGAGCUGGAAGAGUACAACCUGGGAAGUGUUAUAGGCUCUACACAGAAGAAUAUUACCUCAAGGAAAUGUCUCCAGAAGGAAUCCCAGAGAUGCAACGAUCAAACCUCGUCUCGUGCAUAAUACAACUAAAGGCCUUAGGUAUAGAUAAUAUAUUAGGUUUUGAUUGGAUAGCUUCUCCAGCACCAGAGGCGAUGAUACGAGCUCUUGAAAUUCUGUACUCUCUUGGUAUUAUCGAUGAAGAUGCAAAACUUACGUCACCCACCGGCUUUCAAGUUGCGGAGAUUCCAUUAGACCCUAUGAUCUCCAAAAUGAUCCUAUCAGCGAAUGAUUUUGGGUGUACUGAGGAGAUAAUAACUAUAGCGGCAGUUUUAUCAGUUCAGUCCAUAUGGGUCUCCAUUAGGGGAGUGAAGAAGGAAUUUGAUGAAGCAAAGCUGCGUUUUGCUGCCGCCGAGGGAGAUCAUGUUACAUUUCUGAACAUCUACAGAGGGUUUCUUCAGUCUGGAAAAUCUUCGCAGUGGUGCUACAAAAACUUUAUAAACUACCACGCUAUGAAGAAGGUUGUUGACAUCAAGGAACAACUCCACAAUCUAAUGAGGCGGCUAGGCAUAGCAGUAAAAUCAUGUGAUAGAGAUAUGCAGGCGGUGAGGAAGGCUAUUAUUGCUGGCUUUUUCGCCCAUGCAUGUCACUUGGAGGAAUACAGUCAAAAUGGAAUGUACAAGACAAUUAGGAGCUCGCAGGAAGUGUACAUCCAUCCAUCUUCUGUGCUCUUCAGGGUUAAUCCAAAGUGGGUCGUCUACCAUUCGCUCGUUUCAACCGACAAACACUACAUGCGCAACGUCAUCGCCAUCGACCCAUCAUGGCUUACUGAAGCUGCACCACAUUUCUAUCAGCUCAGGCAACCAAACCCGAUCCCCUACUGAAUCUGAACUGGGUUCUUCUCGCACUAAGCUUUGUAGAGCAUGAAUGGCUAGAUACUCAAUCCAGGCGAGAUAUUGCGGAAAUUAAGCUAAGCAGUGACUGCACACUACUCUGAUGGAUACUUGGUUAACCGCCUAGUAAGUCUGGUGCUCUGAUCAACUGCCUUGUGGUCGAUGCUGGGUUGAUUUGUGUUGAUGGAAAUGUUUCUCUGGUUUAAUCCAAACUAUAUUUUUAACAUGUGGCUGUAAAUUUAACUUUAGAUAAUUUACUAUGGUAAUUUAUGUUCAAUUCAGAAAUUCACUUUGUCUAACUCUUC